UCUCCCCAGUUGGCGCUAAACCUUUCGGUCAGCUACGCGCGGGUCGUCAGCCUGGCGUUCUGGGUCGGAGUUAAAAUUCUGAGCUGAAGGCGGGAAACCUAAGCUGGGGGGCUCACCGUCAAAACCUCGUGGAGACUGUGGGUUUGGGGGGCGUCGAGUGACAGAAGGGGAAAGCGUGUGGAGAAUCUGAGGGGAAACGCAAGAAUUGACUCAAUAUGAAAGAGGAUCAAGUUGUACAGGAAGAACCAGGAUUCCAAGAUGAAGAGGAAUCUUUGUUUCAAGACAUUGACCUAUUACAGAAACAUGGAAUUAACGUGGCUGACAUUAAGAAACUGAAGUCAGUAGGAAUCUGUACCAUUAAAGGGAUACAGAUGACAACAAGAAGAGCCCUAUGCAAUGUCAAAGGGCUUUCAGAAGCCAAAGUGGACAAGAUUAAAGAGGCUGCCAACAAACUCAUCGAACCAGGAUUCUUGACUGCAUUUGAAUAUAGUGAGAAGAGGAAGAUGGUUUUCCAUAUCACCACUGGGAGCCAAGAAUUUGAUAAGUUGCUAGGAGGUGGAAUUGAAAGCAUGGCAAUCACAGAAGCUUUUGGAGAAUUUCGUACUGGAAAAACUCAGCUCUCUCAUACCCUUUGUGUGACGGCUCAACUUCCAGGAGCAGGUGGCUACUCAGGAGGAAAAAUUAUCUUCAUUGAUACAGAAAAUACUUUCCGUCCAGAUCGCCUUCGGGACAUUGCUGAUCGCUUCAAUGUAGACCAUGAUGCAGUACUAGACAAUGUGCUGUAUGCGCGUGCAUAUACCAGUGAACAUCAGAUGGAGCUACUUGAUUAUGUAGCAGCAAAGUUCCAUGAAGAAGCUGGCAUCUUCAAGCUACUGAUCAUUGAUUCAAUAAUGGCACUUUUUCGAGUGGAUUUCAGUGGUCGUGGAGAGUUGGCUGAACGACAACAAAAAUUGGCCCAGAUGUUGUCUCGACUCCAAAAAAUCUCAGAAGAAUAUAAUGUGGCUAUUUUUGUGACCAAUCAAAUGACUGCUGAUCCAGGAGCAACUAUGACCUUUCAGGCAGACCCAAAAAAACCCAUUGGGGGACACAUUCUGGCUCAUGCUUCAACAACAAGAAUAAGUUUGCGCAAAGGAAGAGGAGAACUGAGAAUUGCCAAGAUUUAUGACAGCCCUGAGAUGCCUGAAAAUGAAGCCACCUUCGCAAUAACUGCUGGAGGAAUUGGGGAUGCCAAGGAGUAGGUGGUGAAUUGAUGCAAAUUGCUUCUCAGUGCUUAUUAGGAGCUGAAGAGAUGGAAAAGCAGUCUUGCAUUUCAGAUCUUGAAAUAAGAAUUUAGUUUUUUCAUAUGUUAUUAAAGGAAAGUCAGCAAAAGAAUUACAUUUUAUAUUUAUCUUAAAAGUCUCUGAUAUAUAGCUAUACAUUGCAUGUCAUUUCAAGAAUAUACACAUAUAUUCCUGAAUUGUUUAUACUAGGUGCAUGUGUGUGUGUUUAUCUACUUAACAGAAACUAGUUGGGGAAGGGAUGCCACAUUGCUUCACUUUCAUUUUUCCAAGUGAACCACUAAGCAAAGUGAAGGUCUGGGAGCUCAAAAAGCCCCUUCUCCUGCAGACUUCCCCUCAGUACUCUACCACUGAGCUACAUCCCUAGCCCAUUUUUUAUUUUAAUUUGAGACAUUAGCCUUGCUAAGUUGCUGAGGCUCUCACUAAAUUUCCCAAGCUGAUCUUGAACUUGGGAUCCUCCUGUCUUAGCCUCCCAAAUAGCUGGGAUCACAGGUAUGUACCACUAUGCCCAACACAAAAUAACUUUUUGGACUUGAUUGAAAACUACUCAGUCAGCUACUUAGAAAUGGCAGAAAGUUAAAUGGAAGUUCUCUCUAAAGAAGACAAGGAGCUAAAAAAGAAAGAAGCCACAUAAAGUAGUUGAACUAGGAUUGAUUUGUUUUGUUCUUAAAAUAGAAUCAGAAGCAACUACUGUGGGGAAGUACUGGGGCACAGUACUGCUGACUUACAGAGCUUGAUGCUCUUCUGCAGUAGGAAGAUGGUUAAGCAGACAAUGUUUAUAGAUACCAAAAAAAAAAAAAAAAGCUUUUUAAAUUUACACUAUCAAACUAUGUAGUCACCUUAAUAG